AUGGCUAUGGGAAACCGCUGUUCGUUGUUGCUAACGUUGUAUCUGUUUCCGUUGACUGUGAUUGUCCGAGCUUCGGCAACCGGUUACGGGUAUGGCCCGAAUCCGAAUUCAUAUGAUUCCAACAAUAAGUUUUUUCCAGAAGUUUUCAGCGUGCAAGGAGUCGUUUACUGCAAAUCUGCCUCCGGAGUCAUCCCGCACAAAGGAAGUGUAGUAAGAAUUACAUGCGUAGGGCUUGAUAAAGACGGCUAUGAAACGGCUCCAUUCUCGGUUUUGAGCCGGCCAACCGACGCCAACGGCUACUUCCUAGCCAAGCUUUCAACCGAGCUGCUUGAAGCCGACGGCUUCAAAAUUACGCAGUGCAAAACCUUCCUCCACAGCUCAAAGCUCAAGGCUUGCCCUUACGCCACCAACAUCGGCAGUGGCUUGAGCGGCGCGCCUCUAUCGGCUUAUCGGACGCUCGGCUCCAGCAAACUGAGGUUGUACUCCGUCGGCCCUUUUGUUUACGAUUCUACCCCUCAACAAAAGACACCUUCGCACUAUUGA